GAUGAAUGACUUUAGUGACCCCUACCACCAGUUCAGCAGGUUUUCUGAAGGAAACUCUGCAGGGUUUCUGGGUGAUGUUUCCUGAUCCAGCUCCCCAAUCUUGACUUGAAACAUCCUAUGCUGAGAGUCUAGCAGCCAGCAGGAGGAGGAAGAGGAGGAGGCGGACCGUCCCCCCGUGUUAUGGUAAGGAGACUGAGGCAGGGUUGACAGGGGCUGGACUGAUGACAGCAUCCUCCUCCGCUCUGAGGCUCCAACACCUGACCGCCUCCAUCAGAGCCGCACAGAUCAUGGAGCUGCCGGGUUAUCCUGACCCAUCCAUUUCACACCAUGCUCCGCAGACGCAUCCGCGUAAAUAUUCAACUUCAGCUGCUUAAUCUGUUCUGUCCCCCCCCCCAACUUGAUCAUUCACUGGCCUGCAGCUUUCGGAUUUUCAUUUAGUGCGUGACCGAGUCGAGUCGUGGUGCUUCUUGUUUUCCUGAAGAGAGAAAAAAAAAAGCAAAAGCUGACUGAUCCUGCCUCGCUAUUACAACCAAGGAUCAGACAUGGGUGUAAUCGAAUCACCAACGCCGGCCGGAUUAUGGAGCAGAUUUUCCUUUUCCUCGUGAUACAACAGUCAGCUCCAUCCAGGCGUCAGUCAAGCAAACAAAUGAUCCAAUCAAUAACAGCUGGACACAGUCUGACAUAGGGAGGAUAUCAAUAACAGCCUAAUACUCUAUACACACACACGCACACACACACACACACACACACACACACACACACACACACACACACACGCACACACACACACACACACACACAAAGAGACGAUGGCGCUGGAGAACUCCGUCUUCCCUUCCCGUCCCGACUCCCUGGCGCUUCCUGUGGAGGAGAAGACCGAAGGCGAGGAAGAGGAGGCGGCGACGAAGUCGAGCGCUUCCACUGGAGUCUUUAACGUAUCCGAGGAGUUGGGCCACGUCGUCACCACGCAGACCAUGCCCUCCCCUCCUCCACCGGCCAAGGUCAAAAGGUCGUUCCAGUCCAAGCUGGCAGAGCGGGAGGCCAACGCCAAUCAGCACAGGAAGAAGACCCAGCCUGAGAAAGAGAGGGGGCGAUUCGGCUGGGCCCGGGCUCGGCGUAAGAGGCAGCGCUACGUCGAGAAGAACGGCCGUUGCAACGUGCAGCACGGCAACAUGCGGGAGACGUACCGCUACCUGACCGACAUCUUCACCACGCUGGUGGACCUCAACUGGCGCUGCUCGCUCUUUGUCUUCGUCAUGGCCUACGCAGUCACGUGGCUCUUCUUUGGUGCCAUUUGGUACCUCAUAGCCUACUGUAGGGGGGAUCUGGACCAUCUGGAGGACGAGGCGUGGACGCCGUGCGUGAACAACGUCAACGGUUUCAUAUCAGCGUUCCUCUUCUCCAUCGAGACGGAGACGACGAUUGGCUACGGGCACAGAGUCAUCACCGAUCAGUGUCCGGUGGGCACCAUGCUGCUGCUGCUGCAGGCCAUACUGGGAUCCAUGGUCAAUGCGUUCAUGGUCGGCUGCAUGUUCGUGAAGAUCUCCCAGCCUAACAAACGAGCCGAGACGCUGGUGUUCUCCAAGCACGCCGUCAUCUCUCUGAGAGACGACAAGCUCUGCCUGAUGUUCAGGGUGGGCGACCUUCGGAGCUCUCACAUCGUUGGGGCCAACAUGAGGGCCAAACUAAUCAAGUCCAAGCAGACACAAGAGGGUGAGUUCAUCCCUUUGGACCAAACAGACAUCAGCGUGGGCUUUGAGACGGGCGAUGACCGCCUCUUCCUCGUCUCUCCGCUGGUCAUCUCGCAUGAAAUCGACGUGCACUCGGCCUUCUGGGACAUGUCGCAGGCCCAGCUGGAGAAGGAGGACUUUGAGAUUGUGGUCAUCCUGGAAGGAAUGGUGGAGGCCACCGGGAUGACGUGUCAGGCGCGGAGCUCCUACCUGGCGGAGGAGGUGCUGUGGGGUCACAGGUUCAGCCCCAUGAUGUCGCUGGCAGAGGGCUUCUUUGACAUCGACUAUGGAGCCUUUCAUCACACGUUUGAGGUGGACACGCCCUCCUGCUCGGCACGGGAGCUGGCGUUGGCGGCGGCCAGACUCGACGCUCACCUCUACUGGUCCAUCUCCAGCAGGCUGGACGAAGAGCCCACGCUGGCCGAACAAGCCGCCAAGCAACCAGACGGCGGCUCGGCCCACAGCAAGGCGGGGGAACCCAUCUUCACCGUCGGGGAGAUGACGGACAUCCAGGAGCAAUCAGCUUUGGGCGAGUUGAACGGCAGCGUCACCACCGAUCAAUCGGAAACAGAGGCCUAGAACAGAGAAUGUUUACAAAGAACCUUCAGUAUAUCGCCACAUCAUCAUAGUUGUGUGUUAAAGACUCUUUUAAGGCAGAUGAGUAGUUUCAACGCACCCACAGAUCCCACGGUAAACGCCACAAUCUUGUGUUACCUUAUAAAAAAAUAUUUUUUAA